AGUAAGGUAGUUCCCGAAAGGUGCUGGGUGGAGGUGCGAACGACCACGAUGGCAGCUCAACAACGGCGGGAGAAGUCUCGGAUAACGAGCCAGAGACAAGGCUCGUCGCGACGAGCUGCGAAGGAGAACUACUUCGAUAUCCAAAGCUUCGGCGACGAUGACACGAGUCACGGGAUGCUCCAGUCCGACCUACGUCGUAGCGUGAUGCGACUAGACAACGGCCACAACGGCGGUGUGUUUGAACGCCUCCAGCGUCUACUUGGGUUCCAAUCGGCCAGCAUGCGAAACCAAAAGGAGCACAUGGCCGUGCUCCUCGCGAACAAGCAGUUUCGGUUAGCUCAACAGGGAUCGUCGGACCCGUCUGGCGACGCCCUCAAGCAGCUGCACAAGCAAGUUUUCUUGAACUACACGAAGUGGUGCCGCUUUCUCCAAAUCAAGCCAAAGUGGGUCUCCGACAUGGAAACGCAGGCUGCGCUCUUCUUCUUGAUCUGGGGCGAAGCAGGGAACUUGCGCUUCAUGCCCGAAUGUCUUUGCUUCUUGUACCACCAAAUGGCGUCCCGUCUCGAGAAGCUUGACGCGACCCAACAGAAACCCGAGUUUGCCCCUGCCGACAACGCGUUUCUGAACUUCGUUGUCAAGCCCAUGUACAACGUCGUGGCCAAGAUGAACCCAAGUCUUCAGAAGAAAAAGUCCAAGGCCGCAUCGCACCUCGACCACAAGAACGUAACCAACUACGACGAUGUAAACGAAUUCUUCUGGAAGCCAGAGUGUCUGCGGUUCGAUGAAACCACCGUCGCCCGCGCUUUUGAACAUCGCGAGGCUAAAACGUUCAAGGAGCGCCGAUCGUUGCUGAACCCGUUCCUCGCGUUCUACCGCAUCUUCUUCUUCCUUCUGGUUAUGCUUCACGUUCUGAUUGCAAUCGCGUAUGUGGCCGUGAAGAGCCGCCCGCAGAACGAAAAGGGUUUUGCCAUGUACAGCAAACUAUUCAGCCCUGCCAUCGCGAACCUACGCAACCAAGCGUUGCUCAGCAUCGGGAUCACGUACGCGGGCUUAUCGGUGCUAAAAGUUAUCCUGCAGGUGUGGAUCGACGGCGUCCUGAUCUUCAGCCACAAGGCGUACGCGCUGUCGUUGUACUGCCGCCUGUUCUGGCACGCCUUGUUUCUUGGUGUGUUUUCGUGCAUCGUGACAUCCCCGUUUGAGAAUGUGCCGGUUUUGAACAUGAAAUUCCUCGACGCGGGCGGUAUCAUCAUCGGCAUUUACGCCCUGCCCGUUGUGCUCGCCGCCAUCCUCAACAUGUGCAAGAGCCUCACGUCCAAGUGGUCGUGGUUGCGUGUACUCCAAGGGUCCCGCGAUCAGUACAUUGGCCGCGACAUGGGCCAAAAUGCUGGCGACUUUGUGAAGUACAGUGUGUUUUGGGUCCUGCUCUUUGGCCUCAAGUUUCUGUUCAACAUUGAGCUCAUGAUUCGACCGCUCGUCAUUCCAAGCAUCGAGCUCUUUGACCUGGACGUUGUGCAGAAAAAGGGACUCAUCGCGGGCUACCACAACAUGGCGUUUAUCAUUGCGCUGUGGGCGCCAAUGAUACUGGUGUACUUAUACGACACCCAGAUUUGGCUCGCGAUUUUUCAAUCGAUUGUCGGUGGGUACAUGGGCAUCCGCAUGAAGAUUGGCCACUCGUCCCGUGUGAUUCAAUUCAUGGACCGCUUGAAGGGUGCCCCGUCGCUCUUUGACAAGAAGAUCGUGUCGAGUGUCGCGCGUGGCAUUUUGACUGGCGGCGAUGCCAAGCUGAGCUCGCCGGAGACCCAGGCCCGUCUGCGCUUUUCAGUCGUGUGGAAUGAGUGCGUGAGCAGCUUUCGCCUGUCGGAUCUGAUCGAUCACCGCGAGUCGGCAAUCCUGCAGUAUCAAAUUUCGUCGGCUGGUCAAGUGGACGACCCGAUCUUCUUGCUCGCUGGGAAGGCGUCGAAUUCGUGUGACGUGGUUGGCCGUGCUGGCAAGUGGAACUCGAAGCUCCAAAAGACGCUUGAAAAGGAUGGCCUGUAUGAAGUUGCACUCAAUUCGGCCCAACUUGGCAUUCAAAUCCUCCAGAAACUGCUUGGCCACCACGACUCGGCGCUCGAAGUGCUGCAUUUCCUGAGCGAGAAACCCCAAGAAGCGUUGCAACGUGCCAACUUGACGCAUGUGCCUCAACUGCGGGAAAACUUUGUGGACCUCUUGGCUUGUCUUUUGGACAUGCCUGAGCCAUCGGAUGAAAACGGCGGCAUCGACGUGCUCCGGGAACUUGUGGUAAUCGUCAUCGAACGAGUCCAGCACUUGUUUUCAACGCUGGAGCAAGUGCUUCCAAUCGAUUGGGUGGUGCAGAAGCUCCAGUCGUCGUCAUUCAUCCGUUCGUCCCCGGACAAAACGUACCAGCUGCACUUAAUGGCUGCGCUGUUUGCCGAUCCCCAGGACGAAGACGGCGAGCGCAUGUCGAACGUGUCGGUGACGUCUGCGGACAGCACCAUGGCAUAUUGCACGCGCCUCUUCUUUUUGCUGACGUUGGACAUUGCGGAUGCCAUGCCUCGGUGCGCGGAAGCUCAGCGUCGCAUGAGCUUCUUUUUGAAUUCGCUCAACAUGCAGAUUGCCAAAGUCGACGCGAUCCAGUCGAUGCAUUCGUUCUCAGUCGUGACGCCUUACUACAACGAAGCCGUGCUGUACUCGUUGGAGGAACUGAAUGGUCGCGUGGACCUCAACCCGUUGUUUCGCAAAGUUGAAGAGAAGGCAACCAAGAACAAGGUUGGCCGCGCCGACUUGAGCAUUCUCAAAUACCUCAUCACACUGCACCCCGAAGAGUGGGAGAACUUUUUGGAGCGCAUGAACGCGACGACUAUGGAAGAAGCGCUCGCGACGUCCCCGAUCCAAGUGCGUUUGUGGGCGUCCAUGCGCGGUCAAACGCUGGCGCGUACUGUCCACGGCAUGAUGUUGUACGAAGAUGCAAUCAAGAUGCUCCGUUGGCUCGAGAUCGGAAGCGACCAAACGAUUUCCCACGAAGACAAGAUUCAGCAGAUGGACGACAUUGUCGGGAUGAAGUUUUCGUACAUUACGUCGUGCCAGAUUUACUCGGAGCAAUGCCAGAAAAACGACCCGCGGGCCGCCGACAUUGAUUUGCUCAUGCGCAAGUACACGAACUGGCGUGUGAGCUUCAUGGAGGCUGUGCCUGGUCAACACGGCGAGCCUGACCGGUACGACUGCGUCCUCGUCAAGUCGGACGGCGAGGAAAUUGUCGAAGUCUACCGGUACGAAUUACCAGGACACCCCAUCGUUGGCGAAGGGAAACCCGAGAACCAAAAUAUUGCGUUGCCGUUCACCCGCGGCGAGUACAUCCAAACGAUCGACAUGAAUCAAGAACACUACUUUGAAGAAGCGCUCAAGAUGCCCAACUUUUUGGCGUCGGGCCAGGGGGCGCAGAUUAUCGGGAUGAAGGAGCACAUUUUCACGGCCAAGGCGUCGUCUCUCGCGCGGUUCAUGACGCUCCAAGAACUCGUGUUUGUGAGCUUGACCCAGCGUGUGAUGGCGAACCCGUUGCAGACGCGUAUGCAUUACGGACAUCCUGAUGUGUUUGACAAGCUGUACGUCAUGACAAACGGGGGCGUGUCGAAAGCGUCAAAAGGAAUCAAUUUGAGUGAAGAUGUUUUUGCCGGGUACAAUUGCGCCCUCCGCGGCGGCAAGGUCGUUCACUUGGAAUUCAUGCAGUGCGGCAAGGGGCGCGAUGUCUCGCUGAGUCAGAUCAACGCGUUCGAAGCCAAGCUCGCCAACGGAAGUGCCGAAAGUUCGCUGACCCGCGAUGCCCAUCGCAUGGGGACUGGCAUGGACUUCUUCCGCCUGAACGCCAUGUACUACUCGCACAUGGGGUUUUACAUUGCCAACUUCAUGACGGUCGUCUGCGUGUACGUGUACGCGUACUCGAAGCUGUACGUGGCUCUCCACCCUGAAGUCGAGCUGGAAGUGAUCAAAGUGUCUGCCGACUUCGACAACUUGGCCGACGUGUUGAAUACCCAGUUCAUUUUUCAGUUUGGGAUGCUCAUGACGAUUCCGCUCAUGGCGACAUUGAUUGUCGAAGUCGGCUUACGUCAAGCGGCCAUCAACUUUUUUGAGCUCCUCGUGACCCUUGGUCCGGUGUUUUACAUCUUCGAGACGGGCACGAAAGCGCAUUUUUACGACGUGGCGAUCCAGCGCGGGGGCUCCAAGUACCGCGGCACUGGUCGUGGUUUUGCCAUCACUCGCAACACGUUUGUGAGCUUUUUCAAGGAAUACGGAGCUUCCCAUUACCGCAAAGCGAUGGAGCUCAUGGCGCUGAUCAUCAUCUAUGGAUUGUACGGCACGUUCAACUUUGGCGUCGGCGCCGAAGCCGCUUACUGCGCCAACAAGGACAACGACUGCCUCGGAAACAAACCGCUGUAUAUUCAAAACUUGGAAUCGUUUGCCGUAAACCCGCAGUCGUACGGUGUGGCGUCGUUUGCUGUGUGGCUGCUCGUCGUGUGCUGGAUGCUCGCGCCGUUUUUGUACAACACGGACGGGUUCGACUUUAGCAAGACCCGCGUGGACGUAACCAACUGGUUUUCGUGGCUCGCGACCAUCCCGUCGGACGAUUUGAAUGUGGACUCGGACUCGUGGCUGGCGUGGUGGACAUCCGAAGUCGAUCUGUACUCUUCAAUCUCGUGGACGUCCCGGCUGUCGUACUCGAUUCGGGAAUUCCGCCAUAUCCUUGUUGUGUACUACAUCUUUACACGCGAUUUUGAGCUCAAAGACAUUUGGCUUGUGGCUGCCGCGGUUGGAGGGGUCUCAUUGGCGCUGUGGAUCGUGGGAUCUGUGUCGACCAUGUGCUUUGGCAACAAGGCGCGCAUGUACCGAGGCAUGAUUUACGUCGUCGUCGUGAUUGGGUUGUCCAUCGGUGGCGUGAUCCUUGUCGGCAUGAUUCUGAACUGGGGAAGUUUGGAUAAGAAUGGCCAAAUGUACCUCAGCUUCUUCAUCUCGACGUACGCCGGCCUGUACACCCUGCUUCAGUACCUGAUCAUUUUCAACGGCGUCGUCGGCCUGCCUCUGUCCAAGUGGGGCCUCGUCCAACAACUCGGCUACCUCUUUGACUCGUUGUUGGGUCUGAUGCUGCUCGUGCCGCUCAUCGUACUGUCGGCGAUUCCGUUCAUGCACACGAUCCAAACCCGCAUGAUGUACAACGAAGGCUUUUCGAAAGCCCUGUCGACGGGCGGGGAGUUUGCCGCCACGAUCAGCAUGUUUACCGGUCUCUUUGGUGGGUUCACGCACGGCUGGAUGACGUGUGCUGCGUUUUCGCUCGGGUACCUCAACGAAAAGUCGUUCAACAUGGUGAACGAGUCGUUCAAGUAUUUCCUCGACAAUGAAGUGGCCAAAGGAGCGUCCAUUUCUGGGGAGUUCCUCAUGAAGAACCUGUCGACGUUUGCAGGCAUUGCGUCCAUGGUUGGCGUCGCUCUGGCGUGCUUGCUGUGUUUUCUCAUUGGUCGCCGCUUCACCAUCAUCACGUCGUCGCUGUUGACGAUUACGGGCGUCGCCAUCGUCGGGGCAGCGUCUGGUGCGGGUGUGCUGCUCAUUGUGAGCAUUUGCUUGACGACCGCCGGGGUGGCCAUGCUCAGCAUCUGCGUAUGUCUGUACAACUACGAGAUCUGUACGCAAGAUUGGAAGUGCAAGUCAAUUGUGAUUUUUGUGUUUGGCAGUGCGAUCGGAUACUUUGUCGAGUCGCUCCUGCUGUACAAGAUGAACUACACCCAGCUCGAAGAAAACUGGAAGUCCAAGCCGUUGAAUGUGUGGCGAGGCCAUUUCCUCUACGGCGCCAUUCCGCUUCUUCCGUUGGUCCUGGUCGCGUUCUUCCUUCCCGAAAGCCCCGUUUGGCUCUACCGCCGCAAGCAAAAGAAAGCGGCCGAGGCGACGCUGGUCCGCUUGCGUCAAAAGCACGACGUGAUGGUGGAAUUGGAUGAUUUGAAAGGCGCGAUCUGGCCCAAAGAAACACCCAACAUCCCCAUUCGCGUCCUCCUCACGGUCGCCUUGCAAGUCUUGUACGGUCUUGCCAUGUCCAACUCGAUCUUGAAGCGCGUCCUCGUCCAAGUCGAGAACAAGGGCGUUGGAUUACCGGCUUCGCCAUGGCAAUGGCAGUUUGGCUUGAUGCUCAUGCUUGGCUCCAUGAUGGGUCUUUUUAGCAUCGAUGGACUCCGUCGCAAGACGCUCCUGAAGGAUAUCUUGCCCCUCGUCGGUGGGAUGUCCAUUGCGGCCUUGGCUCUGGAAAAGAUCAACACAAAGGACUCGCCUGUUGUCGGGUCGUUCCUGGACGUCGCGCUGUUCAUUUUGUACUUUACGGUCGCGUUUAGUUUAGCCACGUGCACGUGGCUGUCGUCGAUCGAACUUUUCCCAGCGGGCUUCCAACUGCGCUUUGUCGCGCUGUCGUUCGUGGCGUACUAUGCGACUCAAACCGCCGUGUUUGUCCUCCGCCCGUCGUUCCUCAUCAGCAACGUGAUUAUGGCUGCCGUGGCGCUGACUGUGACGGCAAUCUUGCUGCUCUUCUGCGCGAGCAACCAACACGGGGCUAUUCAGCUCAAAGGGGAAAAGGUCAAGGAGCGCGCGGCCCUCAAGGCCCUGGAAGAAGACGAAGCCUUCAACCACUCGCGGGCGUCGCGAUCGCAUUCUUUCCUGCGUGCCCGCGGCGCGUCCCGACGGUCUUCGUUCAAGACUCCCGUGAACAACGACGACUACAAGGCGUUUGAAUCGCCGCACAACACAGCGUCCGCGCACACCAAGCACCGACCCGCAUAAACCGCUUCCAUUUCUCCAUUACAUUUUGAAUACACACCUCAACCCAAACAUCUCUCGCGCAUA